CUCCCUCCCAGUGUAAACAAAGAUGGCAGACUUCGAUGCCAUCCACACCAUCGAGCGGGACGAGGACGACAACGCCUCCUCGUCCCUGGAGUCCUACACGCAGAUGCCCGAGCCCGUCAUCAUCCGAGGCGCGGGCAACAUCACCGUAUUCGGGCUCAGUAAUCGUUUCUGCCGUGAUUUCCCAAGUGCCCUGACAGGAAGAUUAGCCCCGGAGGAGUUCACAGGCUCGGUGGGGCGCGUCAACACUGUGCUGAGGAAGACGCUGCCCGUGUCCGCCCGCUGGCUGCUCUGUGGCUGCUGCUUCUGCCUGUGUACCUGCGGCUGCUCCCUCUGGCCCGUCAUCUGCCUCAGUAAACGGACGAGAAAUGCCAUCGAGAAGACUUUAGAGGCAGAAAACACCAACCUAUACCACAAGCUUGGCCUUCACUGGAGACUGACCAGACAGAGAUGUGAUAACUCUUCCCUCAUGGAGUAUGUCUUGGUCAUCGAGGUCAUACCCAAGAAAGACAUACUGCGGCCGGACUGACGGAGUGGGGCAGCCUCGUCCCCUCCCCCCAGGGCUGCGGGGCGCUGACGUCGGGGCCCCCCACACACACCCCACACCCCUGCCCCCCCUCCCUCCCCCCCCUUUGGCCGGUCAGUGAGAUGUGCAACUCGGCUUUCCGACGGUCACGCGGCCCUUGAGGAAUCUGUUAGUCCAUCGGUCGUGUUUUUUUUUUAUUUUUUUUUUACUGAUUCGUGUCUCCGCGCUUCAGCAUCUGUUUGUUUGUUUGUCCAUUUGUUUGUUUGUUUCAUGUACCACCACCACCACCACCACAUGGCUUUUUUUUUUUUUUUUUUUUUUUUUUUUUACACAAUGUUUUAUUA